AUGCCCUAUCAGCCGAGUUGGAGCUCUUCUAGCCUUCCUCUCUCACCUCUGUCAGACGUGUACCGCCAGGGUUUGCGCCCCGGCGAGAUCCGCCUACUUGUGCUCGAAGGACCCGACUCUCGCAAGAUUUUGCGAUGCAGGACGGAACAAGUCAAUCUCUCAGCAAGGUCUGCGUAUACAACAAUUUCAUAUACGUGGGACGGAAACGAGAAGCCAUGGUACGGGAACUACGACUCAUCGCCAAAGCCCAUCUUGAUAGACGGAGUCCUCACCGGCAUUACGCAGGCUGGAAUAGACGAGGUAGAGUCGGACAAGGUCGCUAAUAUUCUGAAUCUAAUGUGGUUACAAGGACGGACGACUAUCUGGAUCGACCACAUAUGUAUCAACCAAGAGGAUGCUGCAGAGAAGAACGUGCAGUUACAGCUGAUGGGAGAUGUCUACAGCAAGGCGUUGAAAGUAGUGACGGUCCUGGACGCACCAAACCAAGAUACCGAUAUAGCCCUGACCCUUGCGAACUGGGACUUGCAAAGUCCUUUCUGGAAAAAGAACAAGCGCAGUUUAUUCCGUGCGCUGGCGAUUACGUUCAUGAAGGAUUACUGGAGGCGCACAUGGAUAUUACAGGAGCUGACACUGGCCCAAAAUCCUCUGCUAUGCUGCGGCAACAAAACUUUGGAUUUCACCUGCCUCACCGACUGUCAUAGAAUCUUCAUCGAAAAUAUCGACCUGGUGAUGUCGCUAGGAAAUUUCUGGCCGUCAAGAGUGUGGACCACGAUCCAGCAAGAUCGCGAAUCCAGCAGGAGUGGGGUCAAGGUGAGGCCCUUUGACCCAACAAUUCUCCGAAAACACGUCGUCAAACAGCCUUUUUUGCAGGUCUUGGCUGCAUCAAGGCAGUUCAGCAAGUGUGCUGACCCGCGAGACCUGCUGUUUGCCCGACUACCGCUCGCUUCUGAUGCGGUUGAGCUGCUACCGUCUCCCGACGUCACCCAGACGGUUGAGGAACUAUACACAACGUUCGCAGCAAAUAGUAUUCGAUGUACCCGACAACUUGACAUCAUAUUAUAUGGGCAAUCAGCGAACAAGUCCCUGCCGAGCUGGGUGCCAGAUUGGACCACCAAUCCCACAGCUGCGUCCGGAUGCGAGCUCUCUCCGGACAAGGUGGUUGAGAUCGAGACCGCUGACCGCAGUCACGCCGAAGCAGCCAUGGCUGCGCUAGAGUGGAGUCCAGAGGCCUGGCCUGAGGUUUCUCACUCAGGCAGUGAGCUGCGCGUGUCAGGGCGUGUACUGAAAGUGCUCGAUCACCAUGCCGACAACCUCCAUCUGACCAUGGAUGGUCCCCAGAGUUGGUGGGAGGCCGCCACGGGAAAUCAUAAAAACGAAGCACCGCUUGGGAUCGUUUUGUUGCUUUCUGGCAUGAACCUGGCACAUGGAGACAUGCUGUGCGUGCUCAAAAAUUGUCCGGCUUUUGUGUUUCUGCGACCUGUGCAGGGACACUACAUACUCGUCGGGAAACGUCGCCCACACAAGGUUAUGACAGAAUGGUGGGCGAAAGAUUUUGUGUCUCUGGUUGACGAACGGCAUCGACGAACCGACGAAACUGGGAUGUGGGCAGAUCUGAUCAACAAUGUUGAUGUUCAAAAUGUGAUGGAGGCCUAUAAACGAUCAACAGGUUUCGCGUCUUUCUUCGAAAAUUGGAUGUGGUCUUCUUACUACAGCGGCGCAUGGGUGUUUCAGUCACCAGAGGCCAUUUCGAAACUAGAGCAGAAGACCUUUGUGAUUAGGUGA